AUGGAAAUUUCCGAAAUUGUUCAUCAAGAUUUUCUUCCUACAGAAGAAAGACCUUUUGAAUGUGCAUUUGCAGGCUGUAACAAAACAUUUGGUAGAAGAUCAGACCUUGUUCGUCAUUCUCGUAUUCACACGAACGAACGUCCCUUUAAAUGUCGCGAAUUGGGUUGCGGAAAAAGUUUUAUUCAGCGAUCGGCUCUGACUGUACAUAUGCGCACACACUCUGGCGAAAGACCACAUGUCUGUGAGUAUCCCGACUGUAACAAAAGCUUCAGCGAUAGUAGCUCCUUGGCUCGCCAUCGACGUACACAUACUGGAAAACGACCUUAUAGAUGCCCUUCAGAGGGAUGCAGUAAAAGCUUCGUUCGCAAAACGAUGCUGACUAAGCACAUGAAGUGUGACCAUUCGAUCAAUGGCAAACGACCUCAUAUUCAAUGGCGUCCUUUUCUGGAGGAACGCCGUUUGAUGUAUAUGCGUCAGCAACAACAACACCAACAGCGACACCCUUUGCUAACUCAAACACCUUGUCACUGUGCGGACUGCAACGUAUCACAUCAACAUGGCUGGCAGUACCAGCCACCGACGCCACAAUUGUCAUCUGGUCGAGCUAGCCCAUUUUCUGCGUCUUCCUCCGACGACGAAAUGCUUCCUUCACCUGUUUCAUCACGCCAGCCUUCCACAUCUUCGACGUGGUCCGCAGCCGGUUCCCCUCCUUCGUUCUCUACGCUUUCUUCACUACCUAUUUCCUAUUCCAGUAAAUUCCCCGAAACAGGGUUGCCAAGUUUCGCUAGCUAUUUUGGAAAACAUAUCGAAGCCGUUCCCUCACGACGUGACAGUGGAGUUGCUUUUCUUAACGCUUAA